AUAGAUUAUCAAUUUAUUAUCAUUUGCAUUUUUAAUAUAUACUAUAAUACAAAAAUUCAUACAGCAUGUACUUGUACUUUUUAGGUUAUAUUGAAACAUUUGCUGUUACAUUAUUGUAUGUGCUCUGGAACUGUUCAGUUAUUUCGAGACACUUCUGUCAGAGGACGAGGAAUGUCGGCAAUGCUUUCGACAAUUUCGCAGCUUGUGCACGAUGCUUAUUUUAGUGCCGAUGGAGGGUAUUAUCGGCGACAGUGCCAAAAGUAUACAAAGUAUUGUCGACCGCGACACGAACGUUGCGCGGAAGUACGGAUACGCGGGAGGUCUUCGAUGGAAUGCGAUCAGUGCCGCGGAGAUAUUCGAGCCUGUGCUCGCUUACUGGGAAAAGCGCGUGGACACCGACAAGAGCAUGCUCGAGCAUUUGCUUAACACUGGCGUCUUGCUGGAACUAAUGAAUUUGUUCGUACACAUGAACAGAGAUGAAUUUUACUCCACGCACGUGUCGGUCAAGUGCAAGUCGUGCCUGGGCAAACUCUGUACAGUUAAGAGGGACUUGUACAACGCCGUAGUGAUGAAAUGCAGAUUCGUCAGUCUAGUAUUUGCAUCUCUCGACUCGACGGAGUCGAACCGAGCCCUACAGAUUCUGAGAGCUUCAGGUAUCUUGAGAAUCUCUUUCGUGCUGGACAGAUUGAGCGUUGUAUAUUACAGCAAUAAUUUGUAUAGGAAAGCUGCGACUGUGUGCACAUUGAAUGCCUUGUUAACGUAUAACCAGUUAAACACAAAAGCUUUUCGUAGAUGGGUGCACAUUAAGAAAAUUACGCCCAAAGAAGUCGCAAGCUUAGCUACGCUGGACUGCUUGACCAGUAAUGAAGAUGAGAUAAAGAGCGAACUUGGACUUUCAAUCGAUAUCUCUAAGUACGACGUUACCGCGUUGUGUCUGCGUAAAGUCAAAAGUUUACUGGAGAAACAGGUCGCAUUUGCAAACGGCGUGGCAGCGGUUCUGGAAAAAUUGAGGAAGCUACAGCCGA